AAUUUGCCAAUUGUUAUGAAACUUGAGUUGCUUCGUUUAUAUACUGGUUCCAAUUUCCACAUCAUGAUUUGUAAAUGUUAUUGAACUGAUUUAGUCGCAAAUAACAUUUCCAGCCAGCAAGAUGGACUCGAGCAACGUAUUCAAUCCUACUAUUAGAGUGAAAGAUGAGCCUCUUGAUGAACCUUUCAAUGAUUAUAAUGAUUACAAAAUAAUUGACACAACACCCGUUACUCAAAAUGUUAAAUACGUGAUGUCUCGGCAAGAAAAUUCAAUACAAGAGCUUUUUCAAGAAUACGACGAAAAUCAUAAAAAUGAACUUGACGACCCGAAAAUAGAAAUGGAAUGUAGAGACAUGAAGCUCAAUUUAUUAGCAGUUGCGAAAAAUGCAGUUUUUUCUCCCAAUCAAUGUCAGGAUAGCGAUGUUUAUAAAAACGGAAGCAAAAUAAAACUCGAAACUGUCGGGACAGUGAAGAAAGAAGUUUUUGGUAAAGAAGACACUGAUUUGAAUUUCCGACGUGGACUCAGCGAGAAAAAUGAAACAGAAAGUGUUUCAAAAGAGGUGAACUGCGAACAUAAGCUAAAAACUAACACUGAAUCAGCCCGUAAUGUCAAUAUCACACCUGCAUGUGAUUUAUGUAGAAAAUCAUUCGGAUAUAAGAGUCAUCUCCAAAGACACAUCGAUUCGGUACAUCGUAAAAUAAGGCAUGAAUGCGAUAUAUGCCAAAAGACAUUCUCAUCCAAGAGUAGUCUUAGAAAUCACAUCGAUUCGGUGCAUAAUGGUGUCAGACAUGCAUGCGAUAUAUGCGGAAAUGUUUAUAAACGAAGUGGCGAUCUCAAAACUCACGUCCAUUCGGUCCAUCAUAAAAUUACGUAUCGAUGUGAUGAAUGUGGAAAAUCAUUCAGAUGUAAGACUCAUCUCCAAAGACACAUCAAUUCGUUACAUCGUAAAAUCACGCAUUCAUGCGAUAUAUGCCAAAAGACAUUCACACAGAAAACGAGUCUCAAAAUCCACAUACAAUCGGCACAUCGUAAAAUCACGCAUCCAUGUGAUAUAUGCCAAAAGACAUUCUCAGACAAGAGUAGUCUCAAAAAGCAUAUGGAUGCGGAGCACAAUGGAAUCACCCAUCCAUGUGAUUUCUGUGAAAAAAAAUUGAAAUAUCAAACUCAACUCCGUAAGCAUGUCAAAUUGUCGCAUAAUGGUAUUACUUAUGCAUGCGAGACAUGCGGAAAGACGUUCGGACAGAAAAGAAAUCUCAAAGACCACCAAAUAGUACAUCACCCACGCAUUAGCGCGAAAUAAAUUGAUCAAACGUAUGUUCAAUGUUGUAUAAAACAGCGUCUAGUAUAUUGUAUGUGAAAUUAGGAGACUUUUUCGAAAAUAAUCAUUCGAUGCAACAAAUUUAUCCUUCGUUAUGUUAUCUUGCUAUUUCAUACCUAAAAAUGACGUUCAAGAUGAAAAAACAGUAGUAAUGAGCUCAAUUUGAUUCUUCAACAAUAAAAAAAUGAUGAACUUUUCGAUCGGAUUCUUUUCAGAAUGUUAAAAAUGUUCGAAGAAAUGUGUAUAAAGAAUUAGGAAAACUUCAAUUCAUCUCUUUAUCUUUAGCAAAAAGACAUGUGUAAACUUUUUUUUGUAAAUGACCAUAAUUUUUAUUGAUAAAUAUUAAGACCUCAAAUUGAGCAUGGAUAUAGAUGGUAAUUAUAAGUAUUAUAUAAAACAGACGAAAUUUUGUAAGAUUCAAAAUUGUUUGAAUAAUGAAAAAUCGAAUAAACAUUA